UGGGUUGCCUUUUCAUGCACAGCCAGCCAUGGCGACUCGGCUUCGGCUCAGCUCAGCGGUGGCCCUGGUCACAGGUGCGGGUAGCGGCAUCGGCCGAGCAGUCAGUGUGCGCCUGGCCCAAGAGGGGGCUGCAGUGGCCGCUUGUGACCUGGAUGGAGCAGCGGCACGGGAGACAGUGCGGCUGCUGGACAGGCCAGGAAGCGAGAAGAAGGCCCACGCUGCCUUCCAGACUGACGUGUCUGAGGCAGGGUCCGCCAGGCGCCUGCUGGAACAAGUGCAGGCCUGCUUUACUCGCCCGCCAUCUGUUGUUGUGUCCUGUGCGGGUGUUACCAGGGAUGAGUUUCUGCUUCACAUGUCUGAGGAUGACUGGGACAAAGUCAUAGCUGUUAACCUCAAGGGCGUCUUUCUAGUCACUCAGGCUGCAGCCCAAGCCCUGGUGUCCAGUGGUUGUCAUGGCUCCAUCAUCAACAUCAGUAGCAUCAUAGGGAAGGUGGGGAACAUGGGACAGACAAACUACUCAGCAUCCAAGGCCGGAGUGAUUGGGCUGACGCAGACUGUAGCCCAGGAGCUCGGAAGAUAUGGAAUCCGCUGUAACUCUGUCCUUCCUGGGUUCAUUACAACACCCAUGACCCAAAAAGUGCCACAGAAAGUGCUGGACAAGGUGACUGCAAUGAUCCCAAUGGGACAUUUGGGAAACCCUGAGGAUGUGGCAGAUGUGGUCGCCUUCUUAGCAUCUGAUGACAGUGGAUACAUCACCGGGGCCUCAGUGGAAGUCACUGGUAUGAGGCCAUCCUGGGACGGGAGAGGGCAAGAGAAGUGGAACCCAGAUGGCAUGUGAAGGCGUAUGAGGGGAGCCCGGAGCCACUGAAGAAGGGCAGAAGUUCCCAAAGGCCAGAGACAGAAGAGGGUGGGUGCUCCCCAGCCCAUUUGUCUCCACCUAUGCAACUGUCCAAAUGUUUCUCCCCCUCCCAGGAGGUCUUUUCAUCUAACUGCCUCAAGGACCCUGGACUCUGCUCAGUCCCCCACCACUCUGCUGGGCUUCCUGCUGAUGAGAACUCUGAGUUCCCAAGCUACAAAAGGGGUGGCAGUGUAUGGCUCAAGAAUGCUGAAUAUGGGAGGCAGGGGUGCUUGUGACUGUAAUAAAUUCCAAAUCCUCUUCC